CUUUUUUUUUUUAAUAAGAACACGAGCAUCACGUAUGUAGGAGACGUUUGAAAUAGAGUAUAGUUCCUUAAAGUUGUGGCGUCAGCAAGCGGUGAGUCUGCGGAAGGCGCGGUAGGAGCUGCGAUCGAAACCUCUGCUGCGUCUCCUGCGACAAUUCGCACACGAAAAGUGAGGGAGCUCUUUAUGACUCUCACACCUGAACACGCCCCCGCGGGACUGCCAUGGCAUCGGCGCAGUACUUUCCUCUGACGCUAGGCGGCGACAGAGAGCUGGUGGUGGAUGAGUUCGCGUGCCCUACGGGGGUGCAGAGGCUGGUGCAGUCCCUCCAGCCCAUGGUGGAGCGUGUGUUCAGGGUCAAGUUUGUAAUCGGGGGCGAGGAGGAAUCAUUGUUUCCUGGAAACGAUCAGACUUGGCUGAAGAUGACUGGAGACAAAACGGAAGUGGAGGCGGCCAAGCUUUUUGUGAAAGGUUUGGUGAACCAGGAAGAGCAGCAAGAGAUAUCGUACCCAGAGGCCUUAAAUUGUGUGUUUUGUGGUGCCAGAGGGUUGUUCAUGGACUGCCUGAUCAGGAAUACCUCUGCACUCAUGGUGACAGUUUCUCAAGGAUCCAUGCUUGUUUCUGGUCUGAUGGAGCCUGUGGUCCAGGCCUAUUCCCUCAUACUCACCCUGUUGGAGAAUUACAGGGCUAGUCAAGGACAGAACAUUGAAGCUGGAGUGGAUGUGUUAGGAGAUUGCCUUGAUUCCCGCCGGGCUUUCAAGGUUCUGGUUGAGCAGUGGUCGGACCGACACACAUUGGACCUGCUGCUCUUGCCUAGGCCGGUGAAAGAGAUUCUGCUGAAUGUGGUAAGAGAGUCCAGACUGGUCAUUGAGGGAGAAGGUCCAGGGUUUGCCUCUGUAGAGGGAUACAGAGAAGCAGGAGAGGCAGAGAGGUCUAUGCUGAGGGAUGUCCUAAGAUGGACACCUUGGGACAAAGAAGGAUACGUACAGGGUCACACCAACUUGGAGAAUCCAUAUCUCUACAAUGGAAGAAUGAUUGGAUUUUCACAAGUUCCACCAUCUCAUCAGCCACGGUGUCAAACCGUCCAGAAGUUCAGUGGAGAAAAGCAACACUUGGGAGAGAGAAAUGUUGAGGAGCUGAAGGAGUCGGCAGCACUUGAUUCAUCCUGUCAGGUUGUCCCCCCAAUCCAUGACCCCCUACAGAGUCCACAGAUGGAAGACAGAGGUUACAGACAUGGACCUCAAGAGCUGGGGGAGGAGGAAGGGCUGGCGCUGUCAGUGGGCAGUGCUGAGGAGUUUGGACUCCAGCUGAAGUUCUUUACAGCUAUGGGGUACAGUGAAGAUGUGGUAAAGAGAGUCUUGGCUAAGACUGGUCCAAAAGAGGUCUCCCAGAUUUUGGACCUUGUCCAGCAGGAGCAAGAUAAGAAGGCAGAAGAAGAGCGGACACAUGUCCCGACAGGUCACUCGCACACAGGUGUGGGAAGAUGGGGGGAAGAGGAAGAUGCUGCAGGAGAUCCAAGCAGGGAGCGAGAGGAGGACAGUGAUAAAGAGCAGAGAGGUAGGAAUAAAGGGCAGAGGGGGGCAGCAGAGCUGGUGACAGGGGAAGGGGAGGCUGCGUGUGAGGAAAACGCAACAGCGGUGGGGAAGGAUGACUUUGUUCUGGGAGUGCUGAAGAAUGCCGCCGCCAGCUGUGGAUACCCAGAAGAGAGGGUCAUAGAGCUGUACAACAACCUCCCAGGUCUGUCCACAGGAGACCUGCUCAAGGAGCUGCAGAAAGAGGCCAUGAGGGGAAGAGGGAAGGGGAAGGAGUUGGGACGAGGAGUUGGGGGUGGGGCAGGGAGACAUUGGGAAGCUCGCACAUCUCCUGCUGUGGAGCACAAGAGGGGAGCAAAGGGCAGAGGGAGACAUGAGAAGAAGUCUCAUCGCGCUUCAGAAUCAGGUGACGUGAGUAGCGAUGCUGUGAGUAUGGAUAACCCGCCAGUCCUGCUUCCACUAAGCCCAGGAAGUGAUGUCAGGGGACCCCCCAAGCCCACAUACCCUCCAGGUGUUCCACCUGCCUUGAGCGCCUGCUCCCCACUCUCGGUGAAGUCCCAGGAUCAACCCGGCCUGGUGAACGUCACCCCAGCAGUUAUGGUAACGGGUGAACAGCGAUUCCUCGAUAGCUUGUUAACGCCCUUUGACCUGAAGCUGACUGAUAGCCCCGGGGACCCCAGCCUACGGCGCGUGAUCAUCGAUGGGAGCAACGUUGCCAUGAGCCAUGGUCUUAGUCAGUUUUUCUCAUGCCGUGGCAUCGCCUUAGCAGUCCAGUUCUUCUGGAACCGGGGCCACCGCAACGUCACCACCUUUGUCCCCCAGUGGCGGCUGAAGAGACAUCCGAAGGUCACAGAGCAACACUACUUGACUGAGCUCCAAAACCUGGGUCUUCUCUCCUUAACUCCAUCAAGAGAGGUGCAAGGAAUGAGAAUCAACUCCUACGAUGACAGGUUCCUGCUCCAUCUGGCUCAGAAGACAGAUGGAGUGAUUGUGACGAAUGACAACCUGAGAGACCUUUUGGACGAAUCGCCAGCCUGGAGAGACAUCAUCAAGAAAAGGUUGCUCCAGUACACAUUCGUUGGUGAUCUCUUCAUGGUGCCUGAUGACCCGCUUGGCCGUGGAGGACCCCACUUGAAAGACUUCCUCCGAUCUCAGGACAGAUCUCCAGUCCCUGGAAGCCACACAUUUUCAGGACUGGGAUCCCCCUUCCCUCCCCUUCCCCCACCCAAUGCCCAGACAGAAGUCUUGCAGUACCGAGAUCGGACAGUUGGGUUUCCACUGCACAGAGGAGGUCUUCAUGGGUUCGAAGGAGGGAGGGGCCGGGGUCAAAGCAGAGGAAAGGGGAGGGGCGGAAUCAGACCGGAGCCAGUACAUAUGAGUGGAGGGAAGGAGAGGAGUGCGGCUCAGACCUCAAACCUCAGGGAGCAGUUGUGUCAGGUGUUUAAAGGGGAAGACAGUGUGGUCACAAUGGUUCUGACCUGCAACCCCAGCAUCACUGAUACCAACUCGCUGUCUGAUAUCAUCCUGCAAGUCCUGGAGGAAAGGGCAAGAAACAGUUAAAGUGUGAAGGAGAAAUGGAGGCGAUUACUUAGGCAAGAGUGUGGUUAUGGGAGGAGAUGACAGAGAAGGGUCCAGGGAAAAAAAAGCCAAGCAGCAGGAAAAGACUCUUAGAUGGUUGAAAUAUCAAAGUUGUUAAUUUGGUGUUGGAACUCCAGGAAGGGUUAUGAAACAGACUUGUGCGAGCAGACACCAGGUCUUACUUUUAUGUUAAAUAAUUAUAAAGGUAAAGUUUUUAAAUAGUAAGUUAAUAGCUUAAUUUGGUUGGAUAUUCAAUAUGUAAUGUCAAGGGAAGGACAGUCUGGGGGAGAGGGGUAUUCAAAGAAUUAAUAUAAAUUAUUUUGUUUUAACUGAAGUGUUGUCUUAAUGGCUGUAAUAUUUGUUUUAAGAAACUUCAUACUGAACAUAUGCAUUUCAGAUGUUUGUCUAACUUGCACCAGUCUAAGUGAUUGCAUUGUCCUUCGUGAUCUUUUAAAAUUGGUGCUUUACGUUGUUGAUCUAAAGAAAGGAAGGAGCAUUUUUCACGAUGUACCAAAUGAUGGCAGACACCCUUUGUGAUUGUUCCUUUCACCAAGGUGCAUAUUUUGAAUUUAAAUGUUUGUUCUCAUAAGGUAUCCCUUGUAAGAGUUGACAGCUUGUUAUGUUAAUUUAAAUUUCUCGGUGAAAUUAUCUUGCAAUUCGAUGAUUUUUUUUUGACUACAUGAGGAAAGGUUGUGCGUGCAUGUGUAAUAUAUAAAAUAUUCAGUAUCCAGAGGAUAAAGAUGGUCAAGAUUUCUCUGCAGAUCAUCAGUGGGUGUUGGUAUCAUAUGUUAAUACAUGCCAGAUUCUACAGACAAAGAUCCGAAACUCGAGUGCAAAAAUGGUUCUUUUUACGAUUCAGAAUUGUCAGUAUUUAAAUAAAGUGCUUUAUUUCUAUAGCUUUUUUUUGGAGUGGUGAUUUGCAUACAGCCUCUUUUGAACUUUUCCUUAUCACUGCAGAAAGGGGUUUAUAGCUUCAAUGUUAUGGUUUGGGUUUAGGUAUGGAUGUUUAUUUCAGGGCUUUGGGGUAAAUUCUAAAAUAG